ACCUUGUCGCGGCUCUUAGGAAAUAUAGAGGUCAAGUGGAGCAUGUUUUGCAAAAUGAGCCACAUAAAGUUGAUUAUGUUAUUGAAGUAGCUAAAGCAAUCUGCAGUGUCCUCUGCUUCGUGGAAACUAGAGAAAUUACCAAUGCAGUCAAGAAACUCCGUGCAGUGCCAUUGGUGAAAACACAGGAUUCACUUCAAUGUGUGGAAGCACAAGCAUUAACGGAAGCUGCUGUGACAGAGCUCUCCAUGGCCAUCUCUCAUCUCAUCCAUGUGUACAGCAACAGCUUUGAUAUGGAUUUCCAGGUUGCCAGUGUACCUAGAAGCCCUUCACGUGCAGACAUCAGCCUUGAUUCCCAGCUCAGCUUCACUGUUUAUGCUGCUCAUAACAUUCCUGAAGCCUGGGUGAACAGAUACAAACUUUUUUCUUUUUCCUGUUUACUAACAUAUGCUGGGAAGACAAUAUGUCAAGUGAAGAUUUGCAAAAAUAUACCUGUUAGAAAAUCCUUCUUUUUCCUGACAGACUGGAAUGAGAAAAUCAACUUUCCUCUACGGAUAAAGGCUCUUCCAAGGGAAACAAUGCUGACAAUAAAACUACUUGGACUAAACGGUGCUUCUAAAACUAUAGAGGUGCUUGCGUGGACAUGUUGCCCAUUGUAUCAAAAAGAGUAA